AUGGCACCCAAGAACAUCCUCCUCCUCAUUGCCGACGACCUGGGCAAGUAUGUUGGCUCCUACGGCUGCAAGUCUGUGACCACGCCGUCUCUGGACAAGCUCGCAUCUGAGGGUUCCCGUUUCGACCUGGCCUUUGCGAGUACGGCGUCUUGCAGUGGUAGCCGUUCAACAUUGUACUCGGGCCUCCACACUCACGAGAACGGACAGUACGGCCUAAACAUCUUCCGCACGCAUUUCCAGACGUUCCCACACGUUGAGACCGCACCACUGCUGUUCAAUCACGCCGGGUACAAGACUGGCAUCAUUGGCAAGGUCCAUGUCGGCCCGGAUGUUGUGUAUCCGUGGAGUCACCGUGAGGAGAGCGAGACACGGGAUGUCGCCUGGGUCGCAGAUCGUGCCGAGGCAUUCUUCAAGACUGCCGUGGACGAGGACAAGCCCUUCUUCCUGACAGUCGGCUACGUCGACCCACACCGUGAUAUCACCACGCGCGGCAAGUUUGGCAAUGAGGGCGACUACGAUGCGCGCGUGACCUCGAUCGACAUUAAACCAGAGGACGUCGAGGUGCCCAGCUGGCUCACGGACCUUCCCGAGACGCGCCAAGAGCUCGUCGAGUACUACAAAGCGAUCCACCGUACUGACCUUGGCAUCGGUCUUCUCCUCGAAGGUCUGGAGCGGCAAGGCCUUGUGGAUGACACGCUGGUCGUGUUCCUCAGCGACAAUGGCCCGCCAUUCAUCAACGCCAAGACGACUCUCUAUGACGCUGGUACAUGUCUGCCUCUCAUUGUCAGGAAGCCUGGGUCCAAGGCUGGGGUCGCCAACCCCAACAUGGUGUCGUGGAUCGAUAUCCUUCCUACCUUCCUCGACUGGGCCGGCUUGCCACUCGAUUACUCUACGAGCUCCGCAGCAGGGCCAACACACCAACACCCGGGAUCAGGGUACGGUGGAGAGUCGACCUCGCUCCGCUCCCCUCCGCGCCUCGGCCACUCCUUCCUCGCACACGUUGACCGCUUCGACGUCCUCCCAGAGACGGAAUGGCAGCACCACGUCUUUGGCUCGCACACCUUCCAUGAGCUCCACAACUACUGGCCGACCCGCGUCCUCCGCACCCGGCGGUACAAGUACCACCGAAACAUUGCGUGGCGCCUCGACUUUCCCUUUGCCUCGGACCUGUACGCAAGCUAUACCUUUGAAGGGAUCCGCAACGCUGCGGAUCCAGUUAUUGGCAGCCGGACGUUGAAAAACUACCUCUUCCGCCCAGCCGAAGAGCUGUUUGAUCUGGAAGCGGACCCAGACGAGGUCAUCAACCUUGCUACGGACCCUGCACAUUGCGACCUGCUCGCCGAUCUGCGCUUGCAGCUGGAGCAGUGGCAGCAGACGACACAUGACAUGUGGCUUGUGCGUGAUGGGUGUUCGCUCGAGAUGGUUCAGCGAUACGGCAAGGACGGGCUUGUGUUGCCUGACCGGUUCGACAUUGAUGCCGACAAGCCCGGCCUGGCUGGUGUCACGCUGUUGAAGGGGAUUGAAACCCCUGUGCUGCAAAAGAUUGCCUAG